AUGUAUAUCCUGCGCUCGGGUGCGUCCGUGCCCGCUACGCCGUCCGUCUCCGGCAUGCACGACCGUGACGGAGACGGAGGCCUGCGAGGUGCUCAACGGCGAGCCGCGCCGCACCCGUGGAGAGGUGGUGGUGGUGGUUCAUCGGUUGCUCCGGCGGAGUGGCUCGAGCGCGGGGGUAGAAGGGGUGCGUUUUCGCCGCGCCGUGUUUUUGACGGACGGACGGACGGACGGAGGCACGGAAGGGGUCCGUCGGGACUGCCACCGGGAUACGUGCACGUCGUACCGUGCGUCUCCGCCCCGCCCCGCCGAGUCUCAGUGGGCGCAGCCCCGUCCGUCUCGAUUCGUGCUGCGGACAUCUGUACACCCAUCUUCGACGCGCCGCCAUCAGCGCUGAGCGCCGUUGACGACUCGCACGACGCAAGCCCGCGGCGACGCACCGGUCGAGGUGCGCACAUCCCACUGCGCGAAUCGCCCGCGAUUGCGGGCAGAGUGCUGCUGCUGCUGCUGCUGCUGCUCUGGCCCUCGCAACGCAGCGCUGUGUUUCCGUCCCUUUCAUAUAGACUGCACGUGCGAACCUCCCCCACGGCGUCUGUCCUCCUCGAACCCGCUCCUGCUCCUCGCGCAAGCGCUCAACACAAACCCCGCUGCGUUCCCGCAGAAGCGGCGGGGAAUCCUCUGCUCUCGUCGUCGUGCCACGCCCGGUCUCUGGAUCCGCGCCCGGCGGACUCCGACGACACACCGACGACACGACCUCUUUCACCCCCCCCUUCCCCCCCCCCCCCCCAUCCGCACGGUGUGCUGCGUCGCUGGUCAAGACGCCCAUCCGAGCGCGAGCGCAGGGUGUCAAACGUGCCACCGCUCGCUUCGCUUUACUGGAGAGCGCGCAUUCAGAUGCUGCUGGGUUUGCCUCACGCACGGGGGUGCUCUCGCCCAGCUGCAGGUCUGACGGACGUUGGAUAUUCGCUCUCGGCCAGACUGCGAUAUGUUUCGCUUCGAGAGCUGCGAUUCGAACGCUUGCCAGACCAGAUUUACCUACCCUCACGGGAGGCGCGCGCACCUCACAAUAAACGGGCACGUACUGUACCGCCGUUUCAGGACCGACAAGACGUUCGAUUAUUCGCCGGUGGAGUUCGCUGUCUCGGUCAGAACGUAACGCGGUCUGCUUGGCCCGAGAAAGGGGAUUGA